AUGAAGUUCACUACACAAUUCCUUGCUCCUCUCUUCCUUGCUCUUGCGCCUUCAGCCUUGGCUGCCUCCCCAAGCGAUCUUCAAGCGCAAAUCGGCCACCAUAUCAUUUUCUCUUAUCCUGGCAUUGAGCCACCGGCCCAUCUCCUCGAUCUGAUCAAGGAAGGCAAAGUGGGCGGUCUCAUCCUCUUCGGCGAAAAUGUCGGCGACAACCUCACAACUACAAUCGACAACCUCCAGGCGGUCUACAAGCAGAGUCCGUACUAUUCAGGCAGCCCUUUGUUCAUCAUGACGGACCAAGAAGGCGGAGAAGUCCGUCGAUUGGCGGGCGGACCAGUAGAGAGCGCUAAGGACAUCGGUCAAGCCGCCAACCCCAAAGCGGCAGCAACACAGAUGGGCAAAGAUGCCGCAAGCACCCUCGAGAAAUUCAAGAACAACGUUAACCUAGCGCCUGUGUUGGAUGUUUAUCGCGAGGCCGGAGACUUCGCCGAUGCCUACGAGCGCUCCUUCAGCAACUCCUCCCGUGUCGUAGCAACAUGCGGCUCUGCAUUCAUCGCCGCGCAACAGUCUGCCAAUAUCGUCGCAUCUGCCAAGCACUUCCCUGGUCUUGGUGCAGCAAAGGCAGGCGAGAAUACAGACAUGCAGCCCGUCACUAUUGACUUGACCCUCGAAGAGCUGCGCAAGGUGGAUAUGGAACCGUACAAGAAUGCAAUCGCGGCAGGUGUGGACAUGGUCAUGACUUCGUGGGCUAUCUAUCCUGCUUUGGAUCCCACCUACCCCUCCGGACUGAGCAAGACUAUCAUCCAGAAUGAGUUGCGGGAUAGACUUGGUUUCAAGGGUGUCACUAUCACCGAUGCUAUUGAGGCGGGAUCGCUCACGGCGUUCGGUGAUCAGGGUACUCGUGGAUUGUUGGCUGCACAAGCUGGUGUUGAUCUCCUGCUUGCGGCUAAGAGGGAUGUGACCCAGGGAGAAGAUAUUUACAACGCUCUGCUUGCUGCGUUGCAAGAUGGGUCUUUGGAUGGGGAUGCGUUUUCUGCUGCGACUCAGAGAAUCUUGGAGGUUCGGAAGAAGCUUGUGCUUGCUUAG